GCGAUUGAAAAGCUCAACCUGCUAUAUGUCACAAGCAUAGUACCAGUUCAGGCGAUGUCAAGGGUGGGUACUAGCCCGCUUAAGGUACUCCAGGACCGGCGUCUAAGAUUGCAGGAAACGAUAGAAUAACUGCGAAAAAGGAAUCCCAGAUUCAGGGCCCAUACAUGUCCUGCUCGGGUUUCUCCGCUUCAUGCGACUGUGAGAGCAGAUGGACAAUAUUGCCGCACACUCGAAAAGACCAUUCAAGGAUUUGGAUACAACUUCAUUGUUGCAAGCCCUUGUUGGAUUAAAUGUCGCUCUCUAGCAAUCUCUGACAUCACUAAUGCCCUUCUCGUUCACAAGUUUGGCUUCAACCCUGUGGUCGUGAAGAUGGAAAGCGGACUACAGCUACAAGCUGGAGCAUUUAUUCUAGGCGUGCUAGCUCACAGCCUCUACUUCCGCUCUGGCGAACACCAUCUCUAUCCGAUUCGGUAUCUCUACACGUAUGGUGGCUUGUCGAUACUAGUUGCUGCAACGAGUCAUUAUGCACAAAAAACCUCUUUUAUUCGAGCAAGCACCGCAUCUUUGAGCCUAAUAUCUACACAUCUGCUGGGCCUAUACUGCAGCCUCAUCAUUUACAGGGUGUUUCUUCAUCCGUUGGGACGGUUUCCCGGCCCCCUAGGUGCACGUCUAUCUGGGUUCUGGCUACCAGCAAAGCUUCUUCACCAACCCCUCUAUCAGGUCCUCGAAGAGCUGCAUAAGGAGUACGGACAAUUUGUGCGCAUAGGCCCAUCUGAUCUCUCCAUAAUCCACCCCGAUGCCGUAAAUAUCAUCUAUGGAUUCAAGUCCGCCUGCACUAAAGCGCCCUUCUAUGAUCUCGGUGCACCAGUGCAAUCGCUACAUGCACAUCGGAACAGGGAAUCUCAUGACCAACGACGGAGAGUAUGGAGUCUAGGCUUCAGCGAUAAAUCACUUCGAGCAUACGAAAAACGCAUUCAAGUCUACCGAGAAAAGCUGAUCAAUCUCUUAACAUCAGCCGGUGAUGGUCAAGCUCUUAACAUCAGCAAUUAUCUCACAUGGUACAGCUACGAUGUGAUGGGCGACUUAGCUUUCGGUAGAACUUUCGGCAUGUUAGAUGCCAGUGCCAACCACUGGGCAAUACAGAUAUUGAAUGAUAUGCUCAAACCGUUGGAAUACUCCGUGCCUAUUUGGGCCCUUCGGCUGCUGGGCUCGAUACCGGGGAUGAACAAGGAUGCUUUGAGAUAUGAGGAGUUUAGCCAUCAGCGCUUGAAGACGAGAAUGAGGGAAACGCCCGAAAUACCCGAUAUCAGCUCGUCGCUGCUCGUGGAGUUGCAAGGACGAGUACCUACAAAUAAAGAGUUCUAUCAGUUACUUGGGGAUGUUGAAUUGAUAAUUGCAGCAGGGAGUGACACUACUGCAGCAGCUCUAAUCACCGUCAUCUACGAGCUGGCUAAACACCCAGUCCACGUAAAGAUGAUCCGCGAGGAGCUAAGCCUAUGUGCUGUCGAGCCUGGCGGGGAGUAUACGCACGAGAAAAUAGCAGGCUUAAGACAUCUUAAUGGGUUUAUCAACGAGGUGCUCCGUCUACAUCCUCCAAUUGGAAGCAUUAUUCCUAGAAAGACACCACCGGAGGGUAUCAUGAUCGGUGGCACCUACAUACCAGGAAACAUGACAGUCUCUUGCCCGCAAUGGGUUAUUGGAAGAUCCGAUGUCUUCUACGAGAAUGCAAAUCGGUUCCUUCCUGAGAGGUGGUACAAAUACCCUGAGGCGAUGAAGUAUAAAUCUGCCUAUGCUCCUUUCUUACUCGGCCCCUACGCAUGCAUCGGCAAGCCGCUAGCACUCAUGAACAUGAGGACAACUGUUGCCCGUAUAACAAUGACAUUUGAUUUGCAAUUGCCAUCGAACGAUGACGGCACAUUGCUCGAUAAAAAUAUGAGGGAACAUUUCUCUAGCUACGUCGAAGGCGUCUACAUCCUCUUCAAGAACUUGCAGACAAAUCAAUCGUCAAGACAAAGGGUCAAAUAUAUAUGAAUUUGAUCUAUCUAGAUCUCAAGGGGCUGGGUGGUUGGUUGGUUGGUUGGAAGAGGUGAAGGUCGGAGACCACGCAGGAAGAAGAGGCGAAGGAUCAGCUGACAGCUGCCUGGAAACGUGCAGAAGCGUCUUGUUGUUUGUAAGUGUCUGAUAACAAAGAUGAUC